AUGCGUGAAGAAAAGUAUAAUCCAGUCAAAAUUUUUGAAUUACACAAGAAUGAACGACCAGUAUUCAUAGCAGCGCCUAUGGUCCGCUACUCAAAGCUUCCGUUUCGCCAAUUGGUUCGUGACUAUAAUGCGGAUAUCGUUUACACACCUAUGAUACUUGCAAAAGAGUUUCUGCAUCCAGAAGGCAGAUACUUUGAUUUUUCCACGAAUGAAAAGGACCGGUCCCUUGUGGUUCAGUUUGGAGUUGAAGACCCUGUAAUUUUGGCACAAGCUUCUGAAAUCGUUGCUCCGUAUACUGAUGCAAUUGGUAUAAAUUGUGGGUGUCCACAACCUUGGGCUAUCCAAGAGGGUAUAGGUUCUGCGUUGUUGAAACAGCCUCAGAAAGUGCAUGAAUUAGUUCGUUCCGUCAAGUCUGCCUUGGGAGAGACUUUUUGUGUUGAGGUUAAAAUUCGUCUUGACAAUGAUCUCGAAAAAACUCGACAGCUGAUGCAGACAGCUGAGCGUGCAGGAGCCGACUUUAUUACGGUCCACGGAAGACGUCGUGCGGACAGAUCCUCAUUUCCAGUGGAUUUGGAAGCUAUUCGUAGUGUCCGUCCUUGCGUCUCAAUACCAGUUGUUGCAAAUGGCGAUGUGAAUGACCUCGACACGGGUCUCAAAAUUGCAGAAUACACAAACACAGACGGUGUUAUGUCUGCUCGUGGACUCAUGGAAAACCCUGCGUUGUUUGCCGGGUACACUUCUACUCCUUGGGGAUGUGUUGAAAAGUUCGUUGCUUAUGCUACAGGCUACUCGCUCAAUUUUCAAUUAUUUGAACAUCACUUGAUGACUAUGAUGGGCAAAAUGACAACCAAGAGAGAACGCAUGCAAGUUCCCUCUGAGAGCUAUGCUAGUGUUAUAGACUGGCUUGACGAAACAUUUGUUUUACGCCGACCGGGGGAAACUGAAUUUGGUACUACAAUCGAGCCGGUGAGAAGGGAUGCAAAUGGUUUAGUGUCUUCGGAAAUAGUGACAGAUGAUGGCUCAAUUGAAACUGAAUUGGAUUAG